AUGUUGUUUGAUCUCAAGUCUAUCGUCCUCUACGGACUCAUCGCCCUUGCGCACGCCUCUCCCGUUCCCGAGCUCAGCAAGCGCGCCCAGCUCGGUGAUUUCAAGUGUCCCGACGGGACCGAGCUGUCAGAAACAGAUGUUCGAGAGGCCUUUAAUGAGGCUCGCAAUCACGACGAUAAGACAGUGGGCAAGUACCCCGCCUACUUUGGUAACAAGAGCGGAGGCAACAAGGUAUUCACCAACAUUGCCGAUGGCACUGACCUGCGGGAAUUCCCCAUUGUCAAGGGCGGAAAGUACACUGGUGGGCCCCCGGGCGCCUACCGUGUAGUCACUGACUACAAGAACAACCUCGGUGACUUUCGCGGUGUGAUGCAACACACCGGCGCGACAGUUGGUGGCGCCUACACAGCUUGCACUCGUGUCACGCCGUCUAAGAGGGACCUUGUUAACCGCGAAGAGGUCAAAGAGGAGCGUAGCGUCCAGGAAGAUGAGACAGAGGUCUCGGAGGAAAUCCCUCGCAGCGUCAACGACCUUGAGACUCGUGCUAAGAAGAAGAAGAUCGGCAGCGCGACCUGCCCUGAUGGCACAACGCUUGCGAAGGAUGAUGUCGGCAGCGCGUUCUCGGAGCUCAGAAACUCGAAAGACUACGAUCACGGUGGCUACCCUCACCCAUUUGGUAAUCAGAGUGGCGGAGGUCAGGUCUUCGCUGGUGUCACCAAGGAACUGCGCGAGUACCCCAUCGUGGCGGGUGAAACCUGGACAUCUGGCCCACCCGGAAAAUACCGUGUCGUCGCUGACACGAGUGGCAACUUUGUUGGAGUGAUGGUCGAAAAUGCUGGUGCUUCUUUUGAGCGCUGCACGGUGAACAAGGAUUAG